CCCGACUGGAAGUGGCUGACUGCGCGCGCAGCUCGCGGCACACACAGAUCUGGAAGUGCAAAGAGAGGAGGCAGGGAAACGCCGCUGGAGCGGGGAAUGAUGGCGGAGAUCGAGAAGGAACAAGUUUGAUACCGGAGCAAAACUGGAAUCUCGGACGAGCUCUUCGGCUUCAAACUCUGUAACGCAACUAGAUGACUUCGUUUGAUUUGAGAGGACAGUGCUCCAGAAAAUCUCUGCCGGACCCAUGGAAAUGGUUGCCUAAACUCAGAUUGUAGUUCUCCAUCAAAACAUUUGCAAAGCUGAUUUGUUUUGGAGUGAAGUUGCAGCGAUAAACAACCAAGAUGAUCAAAACAGAAAACAAAGGAGGGGAGAGGAGCCUUAGAAGCGCGUCCCCUCACAGAAAUGCUUACAAGUCUGACUUCCACGCCAUCAAGUGCUCCUUUGAUGGGCCAAAGUCCGAGGAUGCCUCAAAAACAUUUGCAAACGGAUCAAGUGAAAGCCGGGAUGAGUCUAGGGGAAGGCCUUUUGGAACCAGAGUGAAUAAGAUCAAGAACAUAUUUCUACAAAUGGAUGGACAGCAACCAGAGUCUCAAGAAGUCAAACAGACUUUAAAGUCUGACGCACCCCAUGGUUCCCCAACAAAGUUGCAGUUUCCAGUCAGCACUCACAGAGUUAAUUUAAACAGCGCUUCAAGCCCCGAAUCCCACAGUUUAGAUAAAACACCCAAGGGGGAAGAUGUUGAGAUCGACAAAGUGGCUCUGGCGGAGAAGUUUUCUGUGACCAGAAAACUCUUUGAAAGAGGCAUCAAGGAGCAGCCAGCAGCUGAAAAACAGUCCCCAAAUAGAGUGGUUAAUCGUCUGUCCCUCGGAAGUGCCUCGGAUGAAGAGAAAAACGCAAGGAGAGCGUCGGGAUGCAAAGAGAGUCCUGGCAAAUUGGAGCAAACACCCACAUUGGCAGCUAAAAGUUGCUCAGAUGAGAUAGCUGACGGUGAAAAAAGGCAUGUGUCUAGAGUGUCGCUGAAUGCAGGGCCUUUGUCAAAGAGGUUGGAAAAUUAUAUAGUUGAGGAUGACUCAGACGACAACAACACAUCUGCUGGGACAGAAGGAGUGGUAUCUCCUAAACAACACAGCACCACUCAACACAUACAGCCUACCGUUGUGUCCAAGGACGUCUCACACAAAACUACUUCUCCUGUCAAAGAAGUCACCGACUCUUCAAUUGUUAAUAAUGUCCUCAUCAAAAAUAAAGAUAGCAAAUCUGGAUCUUUGGGAACUAAACCGACAUUACUGGCUAGUGGUGAUGUAUCUUCGGCGGCAGAUGCCACUCCGAAACUUCGCUCAUCAGAGCAAACGACCUCACUUAACCACAGCUACAAGUGCCCCUCACCAGCAGUUGAUAGAUUUAGUAGGACAUCUGUUGGUGAGGGUGGUAAACCAUCGAGUUCACCCCCAAGGGAUGGGAAACAGCCCUUGCCGUCAGCUGGCGGAUUUCUGAACGUAGAUCGGAAUAAACACCCGGAAAAACCCAAGAGUAACGAUGGCCCAGCUCUCAGCCCUACAGGGCCCAAGCCACAAAGCAAGGCUUCAUCACCUGACUCCAAAGGGGGAAGCACAGUGCGAGCUGAACUGGUGGUGGUACAGAAUGAGUCCUCGGACAGUGAGGACGAUGAAAUCACUGAAGAUAAGCAGAAAGACGAAUUCUGUGAAGACCUACAAAGAAGCUUUCCAUCAGGACAAAACCUCAACUCUCCUUCUCAAAUCUCAUCACAAGAGACUACAGAAGAAGCACAAAGGGGGGCAGACACUGUAUAUGAAGGUAGAGUCCCAGCAGAUGACAAGAGAUUUGGUUUAGAGAAAAAGGAGGAUAACUUAGCUGUGAGUCAGGACACUAAUGAAGAGGAUGAAGCAGCAGCGGAGGAGGAGGAAGAGGAGGAGGAUUCACUAGAGAAGCAAGUAGAGGAGAACAUUCUGGAUAGAGUCUCUCCAGUGGUGUAUGGGAUAGAGAACGCAGCAUUUGUGGAUGAUAGAGAUGUAGACCAGGUCAUCAGGGAAGAAGACGAGGAGGAGGAGGAGGAGGAGAAGGAGGAAGACGAUGAGGAGGAGGAUGAUCAAAUCUAUGAGAAUUAUGAUGAGUGUUAUGAAGUUAUUGGUCUCUCGGAUGAGGAUGAACCUCCCCCAAAAAGGAAAAUUAGGUUCUCCACAGAUCCCAUUUUGGUCUUCAGCACCUUCUCCAAUGAGGAUUACGAUCGGCGCAAUGAUGAUGUGGACCCUAUUGCAGCAUCUGCAGAAUAUGAGCUGGAAAAGAGAGUGGAAAAAAUGGACGUGUUUCCUGUGGAAAUUCAAAAGGGAGACAAUGGGCUUGGGAUCAGUAUCAUAGGAAUGGGAGUGGGAGCUGACCAGGGUUUGGAGAAACUCGGUAUUUUUGUGAAAACUGUAACUGAGAAUGGAGCAACUGAGAAAGAUGGACGGAUACAGGUGAAUGACCAGAUAGUAGAGGUGGAUGGGACCAGCCUGGUGGGAGUCACCCAGCUGUUUGCUGCAACUGUCCUGAAGAACACCAAAGGCACAGUGAGGUUUCUGAUUGGUCGAGAGAAGCCGGGAACUCAGAGCGAGGUGGCCCGCCUCAUUAGUGAGACACUGGAGCAGGAGAGGAACCAGCAGCAACACCUGGAUGACCCUUACGACCACUCUACAGAGGAGGAGGAGAGGUAUGAGGACGAGGACGACGACGUCAUAGAAGAAAGAAUCCUUGGGUCCAAUUUCUCUCCAGGGAGAAACGUGGAGGUGUUGGAGCUGCCGGACUCAGAGGCCUUGUUCAUGCCGACGGACAUGAACAGCUCUCAGAUGGCCUUCAAGUUCAAAGAGCUGCAACUGAAGCACAGCGUUGCUACAGAUGAAAUACAUCAACUGAAGGAAAAGCUAAGCAAAUCAGAGGAGGACAAAUCUUUGUGGGAAGAAAGGCAAUCUGCACUGGAACAAAAAAUUGAGGAGAGCAACGACAAAAUCCUAAAGCUGGAGAAUUACUGGCUGGAAGCCCAGGCUGUGUGCAAGAGUGUGAAUGAACAAUUAGCCGAGAAUCAGGCUCAGUAUGAGGCCCUGGACAAGAAGUACAACAAGGCCAAGAAACUGAUCAAAGACUACCAACAAAAAGAGAUAGAUUUUGUGAAGAAAGAGGAGGAGCUGAAAAAGACUCUGGACGAAAAAGACAAAUGGUACAAGGAGCAGCUGGAGAGCCUGCAGAACAGGAUUGCUGCCCUGGAGUCCAGAGGGGCUUCAGCUGUGGAGAGUCAGAGCGGUCUGGACUCUGAGGACAGACUCAGCAGCCAAGACUCGGUCAACAACUCACAAUCCAUUGACUCUCUCUUAGAUCAAGACUGGACCGAAGUGGUCCCUGAAACUACGCGCCUGGACACCAGCGCUCAGAAGGCCAAGUGCCGGUUGGCUCAGAUGAGCCGGCGCCAGGCUCCAACUCGAAGCAAACUAAAGGAAGGCCUGGCUGAACCCGCUCAUCAUUCUCAGGAAACUGAAGAAGAGGACGAGCAGGAGGAGCAGGAAUCUGCCGGGAGGCGGCAGUCCACCCAGGAAAGCCCAGCGCUCCCUGUCGACAUCUGCCACCCUGGAAAUGGACAGAAAGACGAUCCGGGCGAGACCGGAGAUACUUCCAAAAGCAAAUUGGAGAUGUCCAGCAGUCCAUCUUUGUCCCCGUCACUGGGGGACAGUGCUGAACGCUGUAGCAAUCCUUCAUUGUCUUCUCCAAAACACACGUCCUCACCACACUCUCCUCCGGGUUUCAUGCGCAACGUGAAGAAGAGAGAGUCCAAAGGCAAAGGGAAAGAACUCAAAGAGGAUUUGAGUGAGUCUUCUACAGCAGUAAAACCUAAAAGGCGAUUUCCAGAUUUUGGAGGCCUUCGGAAGUCAGGCGGCAAAGGGAAAAAAGACAAAGAGAAAGAGGCCCUGAGAGCUUCUUUGGACAGCAGGGGAUCUGCAGAGCUACUAGAGGAAUCUGGAGGGAACCUGUCUCCUGCAGAGUCCAUGACCUCUGUCCCCACUUGUAUGCCUUUCUCCUGGUUUGGAGACAAAGACAGAGACAGAGAGCCGUCCUCGUCCAACAGCAGCCUGCCAUACGCUGCAAACGAAACCAGCAGUGAGCAAAGCCAGGAUCAUAAAACUAAGACAAACCUCUCCUGGUCCUCUUUAUUCAGUCGCUCUUUAGAUUUGAGUUUUUCAGUCAUAGAUGAUUCUAGCCCUGCCAGCCCCAGUUCAGACAUCUCUGGGUUUGUCGCUGAACCCAAUCUGUCUGGGCGCUCACACACUUUAAUCUUCUCUUCCAGCGAGACGUUGGAUGAUGAACCAGUCCCAGUUGGGAAAGAGUAUCAGUGGCAGAAUCGGCCCAUCUCCGACUGGACCAAUCAGCAGGUCUGUCACUGGCUAAUGGGCAUGAACAUGGAUCAGUACACAUCUGAAUUCACCGCAAAGGGAAUCGAUGGCCAGCAGCUGCUGCACUUAGACAGCGACAAACUGAAGGUAGAACAAAUGCACUUUCAAAAUAUUCCAGUAAAACCAAGAUACAGCAUC